UCUGAGGCGGACUGCAGACGGCUCACCCUCCUGCCCCUGUCCUCUGUGGCCGUGUACAUGGCGGAGCAGCACGCCACUGCAGGUCCCUUGAACAAAGUCCUGGCCAUCCUGCCAGACUUUUCCACUGGGAUGCUGAGCUCCAAGCUGAGGGGAAGUUACAGCGCUGGGCGGCUGCUGAACAGAGCUGAGGGUCCCCACAGACAUAACCAGCCGCUCUACAGUUCCUCUGCCCAUGACGUUGUGCUGGUGUUGGAUCCAAGCCCAGGAGAGAACUUUGGACACCCUGUGGUCCUCUUUUAUGUGGACAUGAAUGUGACAAAGAAGAGAUGUUCCCACCUUGAUGGCAUUUACCUUGGAGAGGACUGUUUGACACUGGCUUUGAGGGGUCGCUGCCAGAACCAGCUGAAGCGUCGCCAGACCGGUCCACAGAGGCUUUUUGGUACCAGACGGGGGGCAGUUGGGACCCUACGUGGGAGUCGCCUGCUGGAACGAGCCAUUGGAGGUUUCUGUGAGGUCCACUUUCUACCACUGGUCGUUGCCAUUGGAGACAGUAGCUGGACACAGAGACUCAAAUGUGUUGACAACACAGAGUUUGCCAGGUGUCCUCAGCAGCUGCCCAUGAACUCUCCCAGUGUGCCCGUCUCAAGCUGUGAGCUGAAUAAAAACACCAGGCGCUGCUACCAGCAGCCUCUGGCCACACACCUGUCCUGCCGCCUCUAUCAGACGUGUGACCAUGCCGUGCUCAUCUCAGGCGGCUGGCAGCCUCAAAUGACGUUUCAGCAUCAUGCUCAGAAUCUUCAGAGGUUCUACAAAAUGCUCAGAAAUAAUGGCUUCCAUAAAGAUCACAUCAAGACUUUCUUCGCCAGCAGUGGACAGCUUCUUGAAGAUGUAGAGGGUGUGUACUCGGCAACCGAGAAAGCAGUGAUCCGUAACCACGUGUCAUACAUCUGCCGGAAGCAGCACUGUGCCGAUACUCUGGUUCUGUAUCUGAACUCACCAACUCGCACCGACGGAACCAUGCUGCUAUGGGACGCUAACCUGAAUGGCAUCGCCGAUCUGAAGGAGCGGUACUCGGUGAGCGAGAUGCUGGCCGAUCUAGCUGGCUGCAGGGCGACUCGUGUUCUCCUGUUUGUGGAUCAGAGCUACAGUGGGGUCCUGGCCAAGAGGCUAAGAAGUUCCCAGAAACACCAUAAUGUGGUUCCAAUUCAGCGUCAGUACCGACAGAGCCAGACUUACCAGAACCACGGGCUUUUCCCAGGCUGGGAAGAUAACAGCUGGUCCUCUAUAAGUGCUUCCACUUGCCUAUUGGACCACCUGGAGAGGGUUGAUGGAAUGUCUCGCCUCUUGGAGCCAUGGGCUGGCCUCCUAAAUGUGACAUUGGCAGGGGCACCAUGUAAUGUCACCCCUCCUCUUACAGACAGUGAGAUGCGGCGAGAAUAUCAGGGUUGCCAGAACCUGCCGACUGCUCUGUGGUAUCAGAAGCAUGGGAGGACCAACUGAGGGAGAGCAGCAAAGACUUAACCAAAUAGGACAGGCAUAGACAUUUUAACUCAAGUGUAUAUUUGGCACUCGUGUGUGCAUCAGUGUGUGUGUGUGUGUGUGUGUGUGUGUGUGUGUGUGUGUGUGUGUGUUCACAAGUUCAGCAAAAGGACAGCCUAUCUCAAGGGCCAGCACUAUCGUACAUUAUGGUCAAAGUGUGUGUCUGGGUUUAUGUACAACACAUCUCCUGGGCACUUUAACAUUUUAGAUCCAAUCAUUGGUCUACUUUUAUCCUAACAACAGUGUCCUUUCAUGAUCUUAUUUUAAUCUGUCCUGAGGCCAAUGCUUUUUUUAUUUUCACUCUUUUCACACUCACUCCCUAUUUUCCUCUUCUGAAUGGCAUUAAUAUAUUUGUUAUUUGCCUUUAAAUUAUUGUGCUACCUGCCACCAUGCUUUUCUACCGAUUGCCCAACAUUUUUUCUGUUAUCUCUGUUUGAAGAUGAACAGACACAAUUUUUCCAUUCACACUGUGAAUGGGGUUAAUUUAUCAACAACAACAAAAAAACAUUAAAAGUUGUACAUUCUAGAAACCAUUUAAGAUUCUUUCCAGAGGGUUUAAAGCAUUAUCCUUGUCAUUUUACCAUCCUAUAUAUAGGUAUUCAUAGCAACAGAUCCAGCUUUCACACCAUAAUAUCCACAUCUUGAAUGAAAUGUUAUUUAGUGUGAGUUCAGUGAAAUGAGUAUGUAGAAGUCACAGGCAUUUAUUGGCUUGGAUAGCAUUGAUAAUACAAUAAACAAUCAAUAACAGUGGUGUGAUCUGGGCUGCAGACUGGACACACACAUUUUUAAACAAAAUCACAUGUUUAGCAACUCUAACAUUUACCAACAAGAACGUUUAAACAAGACACUAAGACUCACUGUUGUCCUAGGUCAGCAGAUUGGUUUGUGGUGGUGGGGGAGGCAGGUUGGAGGUGUGUCGUCAUGAACAAUAGGAUAGAGAAUGUAAUGCCAUUCAGUUUUUCACACAUCCAGCGUCUUUUACUAAAACCUUCUUGAAGGAAUUGAAAGACCCUUAAAGGUUUUAAAGGUCAACCUUUUGCACCAACAUUUGAGUUGAUUUCCCAUGUGAAUCAGGAUUUCUGCAUUAUCUGCAGCUGAUGACUGUUUACUUCGGGUCCUGCUUUGGUUAUAAAAUUAAAGGGAUAAAUUACAACAUUUUAUAUAUUUUCAAUGUAUUUUUUCUAGAUGUCAUGAGGGAUGUAAGUAGCCUGGUGUUCUCCUCUUAAUAGUCCUGCACCAAUAACCGCUGUUCAAAACAAUCCCUAACAGACCGUGGCUGAAGUCUUCAUUAAAAGUUACUAGAUGAUGUAAUGUGUUAAUUGUAAUUUAAGUGAUACUAUUUUAAUCUUUCCUCUCACUACUACUUACACCAGUUUGCCUUUAUUAUACUCUGACAGAAUUUGUCUGAAACGCCUACUAAGGUUGCUGUCAUCUCCAUAUGUGUAUGUUUCGUGUGUGAGACGGUAAAACAUUUAAAACCUGUAAAAUAUGACAGGUUUCAUCAACCAUGCUUAUCAAUCUGUUCCCUUUGACAUGUUCAACCUACUGCAAUCUUCUGAGAUCCUAAUUUCUCCACAAGUGUUCCCUGAAACAAAAACCAAAAAAUCUCAUGGACAUUGAUUAAAAGAGAAAUCUGGUACAACAAUACAUCAGCAUUACAUUACCAAAGUUGCUAAGUUGUGUUUUUUAGCUGCUUUUUAGCAGUAGAUUUUAACGGGUUCCAGCAACAUGGCUGAGAUUUCCCCCCCCACUCAAGGUGUACCUUGGACUGGUGACCAGUCCAUCACAGAGAACCACAGUAAAAAUACCAAUGCUCACUCUCACAACAAAGAGACAGGAAGAGUGAUCUGUUUGGACUGUUGGGGGAGUAUCAGGAAAGAUCCCAACGCGUGUCCAUGGAGAACAUGCAAACUCCAUUAACAACAGCCGUAGCUGAAAUGUUAAACAAUACCAACAAUAUUAAGUCAGAUUGUCAGCUUUGGGUAUAGAAGAAAGUACUCUUAGACUAAUAUUUUCCAACCUUUCUUAAGUUCUAAAAACUCUAGCUUCUAACAACAAAUUGCAGGUUACAGCAAAGCAGGGAGAAGAAAACAAUGCAUUUUCUAGUCCUUAUGGUUCACUUGUUCUCUAUUGGGCCUAAUUUCUCAGAUAAUGUCUGCCAGGAAUCUCUAACAGAGUCAUCUAUACAGCAUAUGAACUAUAUGAACUGAAUGUAAACUAAAGGUUAAAGAAUGGGGGGAAGUGUCACACCACACAUUGUGUGGAGUCGAACGGUCCAAGAUGAACAGAGGUAGUAACAAAUAGUUGGCUCUGACUAUAAUUAGGAAAUGAAGUGUCAUGACAGUCCCUCCUGCAAAACAAAGUGACUAUUGAAUUUAAUCAGUUCAGAAAAACUCAAGUGCUAAAUCUCAUAAUUUAAAAACAUGAACCUGUUCUUUACACUAAUAUGAUAUAUAAUGUUCUGUCCUGUGACGUUUGUCUAAAUGAAAAUAGUAAUCCCAUAAAGCACAUCCUGUUAUUAUAUUUUCUACUGCUGUGUUGCACAGAUGUGUUGUAGAAAUGUAACACUUGAUGUUUGUUCUACUGAAAGAUAAAAGUUGACUAAAGAAGAACUUCUGAGAGCAGAACCAAGAUGCUGAGGUGCAGAUUUGGGUUGUUUGUGUAAUGAUCAGUACAGUGUGAUGUGUAUUUUAGCUGAAGUGUUUCCAGCUGCAUGCAAUGAAUAAAGUAAAACUCAAUAAAGUACUUAA